AUGAGCACCAGAACCAGUUUCAAAGAAGGCCUAGUACUAAUUCUUCGAGACUUUGCUGGGUGGACUAGUACUCAUGCCGUGCCACAUAUGGCUAUGGCUGAUAAAGUGUGGAUUUUCCUCUUCUGGACUUUAGUCUUCAUCGUAUGCUCGGGUAUUAUGUGUUUUAUGAUUUAUACGAGUGUGGUCAAGUUCUUGCGGUUUCCUACCGACUUGACCUCAAGGUUAUAUCCUGGAAAGCAAAACUUUCCGUGCAUUACUGUAUGUAAUAUGAAUCCGUGGAAGUUGUCUAUGAUUCAAGGUACUCCACUUGAGGGACUGGUGAGUUUUGAAUAUGUGUUAGGUUGUUCACAAAGUAUUGAGCUAUGAAUUUUGUUAAUACUUAUAGAUUUUUUAUAAAUUAACCUUAUCCUAGGUCCAGUCUGGCUCUACGUUAGCUUAACACAAAUCUUACUCUAGCCUUACUCUAGCCCUACCUUAGCUUUACUCUAGCCUUGUCCUAUCCCUAUUCAAGCCUUACCCAAGCACUAUUGUAAUCCCGCUCUAACCUUACCGUAGCACUACUGUAGCCCUGUCUUAGCCUUACCCAAGCUCCACUCUAAUCCAGCGCUAGCCUUACCGUAGCACUACUGUAGCCCCAUUUUAGCCUUACCCUAGCCCUGCUCUAGCUAUACCUUAGCCCUGCUACAGUACUACCCUUCGUUCUAAUUCUAGCCUUGCUUUAGCUGAGCUGCAGGUAUUUUAGUGUAAUCCUCUAGCCAUUUUCUAGCCUAUAUCAUUUUUAAAAAUAUAUCAUAAUUUUAAAACUUUAGGUAACAGUAUAUAUAACAGCGUUUAAAACUUUAGGUAACAGCAUAUGAAGCGGGUGUACAAAACGACUACUACGGGUUUCAAAAAAAGCCUUUUACAAUGACUGAUGCUAUGCGUGCUACACGAUGGACAAGGUUUAUGUAUGAAGAACUUAAUGAGCUGGAUAUUGCUGUAAGUGAUAUUGUUGUUGUUGUUUUUCUGUAACAAACUUUAAAUUUAUGUAAAAUAGUACAAUAUACAAUUUUCAAAUUGUUAACUAUUUCAAUUAAAAGGUUGAACUCUAUAAACAUGUUACUUUAGACAAACGGCUCUCUCAGCUACUCGUUUGAUGACAUUAUGCUACGGUGCCAAUUUUUGGAAGAUGCGUGUAAUUUUACGUAAGAUAACAUAUCUUUUUUUUAAAUUGUCAUAAAAAAUAUUUUAAGCCUACUUUGAUCUACUAUAAUAUACGAGCUCAAAAAGUAUUAGAUGCCGACAUAAAGAACCCACCAUUUUUUACACGAAAUUACAGGCAAAGUAUGGCGGGUUCUUUAUGUCCGCACUUAAUACUUGAAUUACAAUAAAAAAAACUUUUUCACUUUCAAAAAUAAUGUUUUAGUAAUAACCUAAACUCCUUCUACGACCCCUACUUUGGUCGUUGCCACACGAUAAAUAGUGAAUUUUUAUGGGAAUCAAGCCGAGCUGGACCUAAUUAUGGAAUGCGAGUAUUCUUUCGCACAGUACUCGACGACUACUUACCUUGGGUUCAAGAUUCUGGUAUUGUUUAUUACAUUCAUGGGCCCGUAAGUUUAAUAUUACAGUUUUAACGUUAAAAAGAAAUGAUAGACUCACUAGUAGGGGUUUAGUGUAAUGAGUUGAAUAGGAAUGUUACGAUACACUGAGCUGGGCUGGGCUGAGCUGAGCAGGGCUAGGCUGGGCUGGGCUGGGCUGGGCUGGGCUGGGCUGGGCUGGGCUGGGCUGGGCUGGGCUGGGCUGGGCUGGGCUGAGCUGGGCAGGGCAGGGCUAGGCUAUGCUGGGCUGGGCUAGGCUAGGCUGGGCUAUGCUGGGCUGGGCUGGGCUGGGCUGGGCUGGGCUGGGCUGGGCUGGGCUGGGCUGGGCUGGGCUAGGCUAGGCUAGGCUAUGCUGGGCUGGGCUAGGCUAGGCUGGGCUGGGCUGGGCUGGGCUGGGCUGGGCUGGGCUGGGCUGGGCUGGGCUAGGCUAGGCUGGGCUGGGCUGGGCUGGGCUGGGCUGGGUUGGGCUGGGCUGGGCUGGGCUGGGCUGGGCUGGGCUGGGCUGGGCUGGGCUGGGCUAGGCUAGGCUGGGCUAUGCUGGGCUGGGCUGGGCUGGGCUGGGCUGGGCUGGGCUGGGCUGGGCUAGGCUAGACUGGGCUGGGCUGGGCUGGGCUGGGCUGGGCUGGGCUGGGCUGGGCUGGGCUGGGCUGGGCUGGGCUGGGCUGGGCUAGGGCUGGGCAGAGUUGGGCUGGGCUGGGCUGGGCUGGGCUGGGCUGGGCUGGGCUGGGUUGGGCUGGGCUGGGCUGGGCUGUGUUGUAAAAUGACUAUGUACCUACAUAACUACAUACAAAAACAACACUAUAGUUAUCUAUUCCUUUAUCAAUUUAAGGACGAAACCCCAUUCCAAGACGCCUUUGGCUAUUUUGCUGCCGUAGGCCUUGCCACAUCAGCUGGAGUAAAUUACUUGGAACGGGUCAAACUAAAACAUCCAUAUAAUGAUUGUACUGACGAUGGUACUGAACUCACGAAUUACUAUGGAAAUGACUAUGAAGUGGAAGCUUGUAUUCGAAGCUGCAUACAAAAAGCUAUAAUUAAUGACUGUGGAUGCUACGACCCACAAUAUAAUUAUCCUACAGACGGGAAUGUUACUUCGUGUUAUUUGGCUGAUAAUCCUUCGGAAAAAAGUUUGUACUUUACUAUAGUUUUAGUACGCCUUACUGAGGCCUAUUUGUUUUAUCUGCAUUACUGAGACAAUUUCUUUCUAGCAUCAUUCUGGUAUAGUCCUAGUGUCUAGUUAUGGCUUACUAUAGCACUAUCUUAGCCGGGCAUUAACCUUAUUUCAGCUCUUUUUUAGGUCUAGUCUUGUUUUCUGUUAGCCGUAAACUGACUACAAGUUGUUUUAGACUUACCAAAAGUUAAUUCUAGUCUUGCUACAAUCGCACCUUAGCUUUAUUUUAACCUUAGGGUCUACCUAUGUCUGACCUUACCUUUCUCCUGCCCUAUUCUUACCUUAAUCUACCUCAAUUCUUACUUCAUUUUCACUAUAGCUCUAUCCCAGCCAUGACUUUACUGUAGUUCUUUUGCAGCCCUACAUGAGCGUUUUCUUUGUUUAAUCUUAACUUUAACUAAACUUUGUCUUAGAGCUGUUUUUUUUCUUUAUUCUAGCAUUGCUUUAUGUUUUCUCUGUUUACAUUAGCCAGCUAUAUCCAAGUCCAGUCUUAGUUUCUCUUAAAGCUUGACUUAACUUCUACCGUUCUGGCCCUAUCUUAGCUUUAUCUUGCUUAAAAUUUAGUAAUAAGCUAAUACUUUAGUGACAUGUGCCGACGAUAUCAUAAAUUCUGUUGAUGAUGGAAACGAUAAUGUCACAUUUUUAAUCACUAGAGAUUGUGAUUGUCUACAAGCUUGCAAGUAAGUUUAUAAAAUUAAACUAUUUAGCCUAUUUUUGUUUUAAAAUUAAAAAAAUAAUAUUAUUGACAAAGCAAAUUUCAGCCAAUCAUACUACCAAAUAUCAAUGUCUCAAGCUCGUUGGCCUGCCAAAACUUAUGUGGUGAGUUAAUAAUGGUAGGCUGGAGUAAAUUUAUAGUAAAAUAGAGUUGGCUAAGGUAAAUUUGUAGUAAAAUACGACAAGGCAAGCAAUUUGUUUUUACAAAUUUUUAAUAUAUUUUUUAUAAACCAAAAAAAUUACGUAAAAUAAGACACAAAUAUAAAAAAAAAAAUUUUUAGCCAAAAACCUGCCGAGAACAGCCAACAUCUCAGUAUUGGAACAACCAGAGUGAAUGUGUUGUAUGGUAUCAAUAUAACUCAUUAUUGCUUGAAGUUUACUUUGAAAGGACUAAUUAUAAGUCUAACAAGGAGAGUGCUUCCUAUACUGUACGUAUUACAAAAUAAAAAAAAAAUUUUUUAAAUUAAAAAUUUUUCUUUAAAAUUAAAAAAAAAAUUUUUUUAGCAAAACAACAUUUUAAAUUAUCAUAUUUAACGUAACUAUACUAUAUGUAAAAAUAUUUUAGUGGGUAAACCUAAUAGCGGACAGUGGAGGUCAACUAGGUCUAUGGCUAGGCAUGAGUGUUCUAUCAUUAUUUGAAUUUGCCGUUUUGGCGGGCAUUUUAUCAGCUUAUUUCAUUCGAAAACCGCCUAUGCCAACACUCGAAGGUUACAACUAUUGGGAAGAGUUUGAUCAACAGGUACGUAUUAUUAUACUUUAUACUGUACAAUUUGAUUACUUUGAUUACAGUAGGUAGUUUCGGGAGUGAAGAGAGGGAAUGAGGGUGGGGAGAGGGAAAGAGGGUGUGAGGAUUUGAAAGACUUUCAUCUAUUCCUACUUAAAAACUUUCUUUACAAAACAAAAAAUGGCAAAAACUUCCUUUACAAAGCAAAAAACCGCAAAAACUUUCUUUACAAGACAAAAAAUAGCAAGAACUUUCUUUACAAAAAAAUGCCAAGAACUUUCUAAACAAACUAAUAAAUGACAAGAACUUUCUUUACAAAACAAAAAAUGGCAAAAAAAAGUCAUUUUUUAAUUUAAAAUUUUAAAACAAAGUUAUUUUAGAUUCAAAAGAACCCACUAAAGCUGGUACACACAUCAACUUCGGAUUAUGAUCCAUCACCUCUGGUCCAACAACCAGUGAUAGUUCAAAGGCCACCUAAUGUUAUUGAAUAA